UCUAUCUAUUCUCAAACACUUCUGUCAGGCGCUAUCGAUAAUUGCAGGAGAAAUGGCAUUUACACUGUGGACGCUUUUCGAAGCGACUUUGUUAUGUCUGAACGCAGUUUGCGUCUUAAACGAAGAAAGGUUUCUCGCCAAAGUUGGCUGGGCAUCGUGGCAAAAUGUGCAAGGAUUUGGUGAGUCUCCUACCCCUAAAACACAAAUGUUGAAUCUUAUUAAGUCGAUACGAACUGUGAUGAAAGUUCCACUGAUAUUCUUCAACAUCGUGAUAAUAAUCCUAAAGCUUGUGUUCGGGUGAUACACAGAAGAAUUACAGUAUAGAUGUAUAAAUGCGAAGCGCUGUGUGUCAACCAAACUGCUGAAUGAUGUCUGCACAAUGGGAAUUUAUUAAAUUAUACUUACUUUUACAAUACCUUUGUGAUAAAACAAUGUCUCGUCACUGUUA